UCUGUUUCUGGAAUUAUCCACUGCUUCUUGAGCUCUCGUGCUUUGGAAUAUUCCGGUUGAUUUUUGUUUGCGACUUUAUCAAAUUAUCAGCACAUGCAUAAGAAUAAUAACAAUGCCGCCCAACGCAUGAUAAUUCUUAUUAUCGAAGAAACGACAGUCCUAGAGCAGUGCUUAACCGAAUGCUGUUUAGUUUGUUUGUUAGUGCCAAAAGCAUAUUCUUUAGUGUUUCAGUUUACCUAAACAAAAUGACAUGGAUCAAGACAAUUAGUUCCCCAAUGUGCUCAAUGGUAGACAUCGAAAUGUUCUACCCACAAAGUCCGCCCGUGUUUAGUCACAGCCCUCCAACCAGUUUUUUGAGUGACUUUGCGUCAUUGCACCUUAGUCCUCAGCUACAAAGAGCGGCCAGCUGCCGGCAAAUGCAGCAUACGUUUACAAAGACCUAUUCGUCCAUUCAUCGUCCAUCCACAUUUCCAAAGCGUCCUUGUUUAGUGAUUCGGCCGAUUGAUGAACAGUGCAGUUCGGGAGAUGAAGAUCCGACCAGUCCAACCAAGCUUAAGAAGAAAGUUGUCUUUGCUGAUGAUAAGGGAAUGAGUUUAACCCAUGUGCGUGUAAUGACGGAACCGUCUAACGUACCGCCUUUAUGGAGCGUGAAGUUUCUCGCUGAAGUUACCCAGGGAAAUACGACUGAGGCUGAAGCUCAUAAGGAGCCGUGGGAAGUAACGUUUCCCCAGCCAGCAUCAGACUAUGUGGCGUUUAGAAAGAAGCUCGAUGAGCUAAAGGUGUCACUAGAAAACGUCAUCGUGAAAGACGGUGAAGAUCAAAUCAUCGGCACCGUGAAGGUACAGAACCUCUCCUUCCAUAAAGAAGUAUUUGUUCGAAGUAGCUGUGAUAACUGGAAAACUAAUGAAGACUCUUUCUGCAACUACGUCCCAAAUAAUAUUGCAGUUGGCUUAACAUACAUAGUUUUCGACACCUUUUCCUUCAAAAUUAACCUUACACCAAAAUCGAGACGAUUGGAGUUUUGCGUCUGCUAUAAAACCGACGGCAAGGAAUACUGGGAUAGCAACAAUGGAUGUAAUUAUGUCCUUAUUAAAAAAACUCCAGCUCCCAUUUAUAGAUCACUGUCCCAUAACUCUCUGUUUAAUAAAACCGACAAAAAAACUGCAGUUAACAAAAUCAAAAGCAGCAUAAACUCAUGCAUGGAUAUUUCUCGGGCCAAGCUGGACACUUGGUCGCAAUUUGCAAGCUGGAACCAUUUAGAGAAUUCGGCUCCCUACUGGUAACAACGUCAAGAAAUCUGAUGAAAGAUGAAUCUGCUCAUACAUUUCACUAGUAGCAACCAAUGACCAGACUUCACAUACCCAACACCGUUUUAUCAACGUACUAAUUGCAUUAAAUCCAUUUUGUCGUCGCUCGAAAAUGAUUUUUUGUCUUUUAUGAUACCACUCAAAACCUGAAUGCUUGCGAGGGACAUUGGUUAUAGAGGGAGAAUCAGAACUAUGGAAUGAAACUUCUAGAGAUUAAACGAUAUUGCAGUCUACGAAAGCACAUAGGUUUUCUAAAAGAGUAAAAUGGGAUGGAAUCGGCGGUGAUAGCCGACGAGGAAGCGUACGCCUGCUUAGACAAAGUAAAGAAAUGAAAUACAGUAGUUUGUCCACCACUAGAUCUGUGAUAAAACUAAAUUAUAAAAUAAUCAAAAUACGAAGUAUACAUAUUAAUAUUCUGUGCGUGCCAAAUAAGUGAGUAUGUUUUUUUGUCAAUGUAGCGAGAGAAGUUUUGAUAUUUCUGUACAAAGUACCUACUUUGAAAAGACUGAUACUUUAGUUGAAUAAUUUAACGUGAAAAACGCUUAUCUGUACAAAUAUAUUUAGUAAGUGGUGCAGCUGAUCAAGUCAACUUUUAUAAAUUUGAUUUGGUAUUUUGUUUAGUUCUUUAAUUUAAGCGUAUGUUCUAAGAUUCAUAUUAAUCAGGUUUCUUUAGAUUGUUACAAAUUUUAUGAAUUGCGUUAUGGAUGUGGGAAAGAAAACCUUUGGUCUAAUAGCAUCGUCUUCAAGCGCACAUUUCUGUUUUACUAUAUGUUAAUUUUAUUAAAUUGAUUUAUUUGUGAUGUUUAAUUAUCACUAAUGUUGAAGUAACUAAUUUGUUUUCGUUACACCAUAUAUUUCUUUUGGAAAUACUAAUUAAUUCUUUGUUCAAUGCCAUUGCAUAAAGUUGUUUACUUUAUUAUGGUUGUAGAAAAUGCCCCCAAUUUUUGUUCAAAAAAUCUGAAACAAGUCUUAAAAACUACACAGUAAAAAGUGAGAUCAGCAAGUAAAAUUAAUCUAAGGCAAAAUAAUUACAUUGUGGAAAUACGAACAAAUGACUUCUAUAUUAUAGAACACACCCUAUGACCAAGAAGUCAUUUAUCCAUAUAUCCGUCACGGCUCUUGCGCAAGUUUUUUUUAUCUAUUUUAUAUUAUACAAAAUUCAAUAAGAAUUGCUUAAAAUAUAUAUUCAGCUGUUCGUGAUUUUAAUUAAUCGACUUUGGGCGAAUGUCUGAACAGGCCAAAUUGCUCCAACAAAUGAUGGGGUUUAAGAAAGUAUACGUGAAAUCAAUACAACGGCAGUGCAUAAACAAAUCAAACAUACAGGGCGAUUCCAAAUUCAUGUAAGUCUUUUGGAGCCGUCGGGGGUGUUUACAUAGCGCAAACAAAACUGACAUACUUGCAAAAACGAAAUUGCAAAUUUGGCAACAAGGGCUUUGGUAUUUGCAUUUGCGAACGAUAUUUUCUAGUAGCAUUACGUAAAUAUUAUAACAGAACUGUAAGUCCGUAUCUGUAAACAGUUUAGAAUCAUUCAAUAUUUGAAAAUGUAGCCUUCUUCAAUUGGGCGGUCCAACACAAUUUUGUAAAUACCUAUAUUUCAAUGCGUACACUCAUUGUAUGGGUUUUACCCAUGACUGUUUAUUAUUAAUUAAUUAAGACAUCAAGUCAGUUUUCAUCUUUUACAAAUACUUUCAUAUGUAUCUGGUGAAACACUUUUCUGUCAAGGCAAAUUUCCGGUUAAGAAUGUGGAAAGUCAGUCCUACUUUCUACUACUAUACAUCAAUGUAACCCUUCGUCAACUAUUAUUGUAUAUGAAGCUGUUGUCUCAGUUCCACUUCAAGAACAGCCGCCGCGAAGCAUUAAAAUAACUUUUUGUGACUACCAUAUUGCUUGUUUUUGUGUGUUGGAAACUCAAAAUGAUCUUAAUCCCAUCAACCGAUUGACCUCAACCUUAAUGAAAUCACGUUUUUUUCUCAAGUUCACUGUCAGAAUCAGUUUGCAUGUAAUGAACAACAUCAUUUUUCAGUUUCUUAUUAGAAAAGAUGAACUUAAUAUGUUGUAUUACAUUUUAAGUUUUUACGAUCACAGUUUAAGAACUAAGCACAAAAGACCACGUUGACACGUUUCUCUGAUAUUCGUCAAAAAUGUCUAUCUGGAUGCAAAUUUUUCACCAUUGCAGUUCUUUUUAUAAUAAAUAUACCUAUAGAAACGUAUUAUUUCCAAAAAGAAAAUGUGCGUAAGUAUAAUUAAGUUUUGCAAUUUUUUAUUGUAAUACUUAGUUAUCCUAAUAGUCUCCCAUACUGUGACAAUUGGGCCGCUUUAAGGAAACUGUGGAAAAAUUAAGCUUAAAUGAAAAUACGUAUUCCUUUUUCACUCUCCAAGUAAACCCCAAUGACUCCUCAAUAGAAAUGACGGCAAUUUUGAAUCACUUUGUGUUUUUCAUAUAUUUUUUUAUAUUUUCAAUGUAUGUAGAUCAUGUUUAUUGAGGGAAAAUUAUAUGGGGAUAAAGUAUUCAACUUUUACACAGUUUUACAACUUUUCGAAAAUAUAGAAAUAUUAUGGGGUUUUUAAAAUAAUAACUUUCAUGGACCUAUGCUUCUGACUUGUUAAUGUAUUGCAUCAAGAACAGUCUUUUUAUUUUUUAAUCAUUUCCCUUGAAUCAAUUUUUAAAACUUACGACUAAUUCAAUUUGCGAAUAUUUAAUUUGGUAAAAUUUGCAUAAAAUGGAAUAAAAAUAGCGUAAGCUGGAGUAAAAUAUUUCACUUACAAAUUGCUUAUUUAUCAAGAAGUGAGAGUAGACAAAUUUUCAAUUGUAACAUCACGCAAUGCGGAUCGAAUAAAGACUAAAUAUUCAAAAUAGAUCUUCUAUAAGCAAAGUAUUGGACCAAAGGUUACAUGAACAUUCCUGAAUCAAUAUUGUUCUUAAGACAUGUUGCUACAAUAUUCCUAAUACUCAUAAUUUAGGCAAUUUUGAAGACAAGCGCAAUAUUCUUUCUUGCCAUUAAUUGUAAAUACUAAGGCCAAGGAAUAUUUUAAAAAAUUGCUUACAGCUUCGACAUACCUAUACACAAAGCUGCAAUGUCCCAACAAUAGGAUGUCCCUGAAAAGGAAAAAUAUGAGAUUGUGUUUUCCCAAUAUAAAAUUAUAGUGAGAAAAAAUAAAUUCAGCUCUCUAUUAAUUAAUGAUUAAAAAUAUUGUACUAAACAUGUCUUAUGGUUUGUGCAUUCUUAGUGUCAUAUUAUACUGUUACUGCCCAUUUCUUGCACGCUUUUAAAUAAAUACUUUUCCAUUCACUUUUGUACAUAAUUUAGCGAAAAGUAUUUAGUUGAAAUGUCGUAUUCCUUAACUCUAAGAAUUACAACUCAAUUUGGACAUUAAUCAGCCAUUCUACUGAGUAUGCAUAUAUUUGGGCUGGUAAGAUACUUAAUAUUUGGAUAUUUUCUUAAAUUUGUGAUAUUUUAUUAAGGAAAACUGGUUAGGACUUUUAUUUACUAUAUAUAUAUAUUUUGUGGUAGGCGAGAUUUUGGAAAAUGUUCUGACUUAUGGACCGUCCAGAGCUGCUGGCUGUUCUGGCGGUGCAUGAGUUUUUCGUCACCUCCGAGGUAAAAUAAAAACUAUAUAUAUAAAGGUAUUUUACUUUUUGCUUGUUGAUAAUCAUAUCGUGUCGCCUAUUUUAGAUAUUUGAUUAUGUUUUGUUUCAAUAUUUUAUCUACUAAGAUAAUUUUGCAAAACUUAUUUUAUUACUAUUAUUGCUAUUAAUAUUACUAUGUACAUUGUGUGGAAAUUCCUCCGAUUUGUUUCAAUCAUUAUAUCGCCCCUAAUAGUGUGUAAAAUGUUGCAUUUUGUUAUUACAAACAUGUUAUAUAAAAA